AUUAAAAUGGUGAAUUAUUUUCUAUUAUAUAAAAUACAUAAAAGUGUUUGUAAGAUUAUCAGUAAUCAUAAUUUAAUGAUCUCAUUAUGGAUAAUUUUCCUAUCUUAUGUUUAUUGUCAAAACGCUAGUAUUGAUGAAUAUUAUGAUGAUAUCAUUGAAGAAACUCGAUUAAAAGUUGCCGUUGUAACAAAAGGGAAAAAUCAUAAUCCUGUUUCACUAAUUAGAAAAAUGUUUAAACGUUAUUACAAAGAGAAAGCAGCUGACGAAGAUGACUAUAUUGAAGAGGUUGAAGAGACGACAAAAAUUAUUUUUGGUAAAGUAGACAAAAAGAAUAUAUCAAUUCUAAAAGGUUUCUGAUUGUAUAUGUAUGUUUUUUGAGAUAGGAACAUCUUUCACUAUCUACCAUGAUUCGAAUCAAAUAAAAAAAUAUAGUCAUUGUUUUCC